AUGGUGACGAGGAUGCUGUGGUUCCUACGGCCGCGCUUCUGCUACUGGGCGAGGCGGCACAGGGCGUACAGCGUGGCAGAGAUGACGAAAAAAAUUGAGCGUAAGGGGUGUAACAACCGCAUGCUAGUCUCCCUAGGCUGGAUCGUGGCCAAGGGCUCGCGGGAGAACCCACGGAACACGAAGUGUAGUCUACAAGAUCCGGAGAGGCUUAUGCAGCUGCGGAAGGAGCUGCUGGCCGCGCGCAAGCCAUUAGUGGACUCCCUCGUCAUGGUGUUUGGUGACGAGGAUGAGAUCUGGCUGGAGCGGUGCGAGAGUAUUGCAAGCCAGUUGUCGUAUAUAGACUAA